AAUGAAAACACAACUUUUUUAAAACUAAUAUUAAAUCUUCUUAAGAAAAUCCAAUGUCCUUUUCCCAAUCGAAACCCCAUUUUUUUGUUUAGAAAAAAAUAUUACUUUUCAAAACAAGAAAUAUGAAAUGUCCUUUUUGCAAUCGAAAUACUUGAUUUUUUCCAAGUGUAAGGAGCGACUGAGAGAGAGUUAGAGCGCGUUCGGGCGCAAGAGCGCCACAAAAGCCGAGGCUGUCGAGCGGCUACGUCACCUUCGGCUUUGUAGUUGUAAUUCGCAAAGCAAGGAGCGCGCAACGAGAAACGCGCGCGAAAAGAAAUAAAUAAAUAAAUAGCCAAGGAGGGAAAAGGAGUGAGUGAGUGAGUGGGCAGUGAAGGGGGCGUGAGGCAGGAGUGCAAAAUAAACGAGUUGCCACAGCAACAACAACGAGAUUCGCAAAAAAAGGGGGAAAAAUUGACGCAUUCCAAACGCGCGAUUCGGCUUACAAGCAUGGUAUUUUUUUUCUCCCGAGCUGUGCUGUUGUUGGUGCUUUUUGUUUUUGCCAGUUUUCCUUUAGCUAAUACCGGUCUUUUUUAGUCGGCCUCUCUUACUUGACGUUACGUUUGUGCCUCUCUCUUAUCCACAGUGAGCUAUCCACAAGUCCAAGCAAUCAAACAAAUCGAAGAAGACCAAACAUAAAUCGAAAAGCAAAAAAUAACAGGGGAAAUCCAAUCAAAAGGCAGGCAAAUGCAAAUGCAAAGGCAAACGCAAACGCACUACUAUUAUGGGCCGCUCCAAGUUUCCCGGCAAACCCUCCAAGUCGAUCAACCGUAAGCGGAUCAGUGUCCUGCAGCUGGAGGAUGAGGCGGCCAAUCCGGCCGAGACGCAGCAGCAGCCACCGCCGCCGGAAUCCCAGCAGCCGAGUGGUUCCGGUUCCGGUUCGCCGGCUGCCCGGGAAAAGGGCAACAAUUGUGAUAACGAUGAGGAUGACAAUGCGCCGGGUGGCGCCUCCAUCGGUGGCAAUACGGCAUCCUCAUCCGCCGCUGGCGCCUCGGGCUCCGAAAGUAGCGGCAAUGGCAGCAGUUCGGGAUCGGGAUCAUCAGGAUCGGGAUCCACCAACGGAGGUGGUGUAAAUGGCGGCACCCAUCACAAAAGUGCAGCCAAUUUGGAUAAGGAGGCUGUGGCAAAGGAUCAAAAUGUGGGAGAAAGUGAUAGAACGAGAGGAAAAUCAGGAGCACCUAUUGAGACAUUAACCUCGAGUGGAAAAACCUCCGGAAAGUCAUCAGCCAGAACUUCCUCAACAGCCUUUUCGGGAACCUCUUCAGGAAGAUCGUCUGGCUCAUCACCAGAAGGCAAUUCUGGUGCAUCCUCCGAUGGAGCAUCUUCCGGAAUAUCCUGCGGAAAGUCCACCACAGCAAGGAGCUCGGAUGUAACCACUGGAAAAUCUGGAACAUGCGCUUCUGGAAAACCAUCUAAAGCAACUUCUGGAACAACAUGUGAGGCAACGAGCUCUGGAAGCUCCCUGAAGGCCCUAACCGUGGCUACAACGGUCUCAUCCACUGGAUUAGCCUGUGCCCUGGUCUCCCCGGGUGCAUCCUCGCCAGGAGGAGCCUUUGCUAUAAGUGCCGCUUUGCUGAGAGCUCGCAAGAGCAGCAAUAAGAAGUUCAAGAAUCUGAACCUGGCCAGGGGCGAAAUAAUGCUGCCCUCCACAUCCAAGCUGAAGCAGCUCAAUAGUCCGGUGGUGGACAGUCCCUCCUCCUCCCCCACCACGCCCUCCGUCGCCCCUCCGCCUUCGUUGGAGGGGGGAGGAACGGGCGCGGUCAGUCCGGGUGAAGAAUCUGCGGCCCUGAAGCGCGUCUUGAGCGAAAUGCCCAAUGAAGUUGCCCCCGAGGCCCCUGCAUCCAACUGCCCAGCGGCGGCAAAUGGAGCGGCAACGGGAAAGGGAUCUGCACCCAGUGCAAGUGCACCAUCAGUGGCCACUUCUGCUGGAGGAGGCAGUAGUCCUAAAUCUGGAACAGAUGCAGGAUCAUCGACAGCGUCAACGGCAACGAAGCAAAAGAAGACGGUGACAUUUAGGAAUGUGCUGGAGACCAGCGAUGAUAAGUCGGUGGUCAAGCGGUUCUACAAUCCCGAUAUCCGCACGCCAAUCGUCUCGAUUAUGAAGAAGGAUUCCCUCAACCGGCCGCUGAAUUACUCCAGAGGAGGCGAAUGCAUCGUGCGACCCUCGAUUUUGUCAAAGAUACUCAACAAAAGCUCCAACAUCGAUAAGCUCAACUCGCUCAAGUUUCGAUCGGCGCCAGCGAGCUCAUCUUCCUCGAGCCAGGAAUCGUUAUCCACACCCAAUGUAUUUGGUUUAUCCCGCGCUUUUGGCGCUCCCAUGGAUGAGGAGGAUGAGGGUGGCGUAACCUUUCGUCGCAAUGAUUCUCCCGAAGAUGAUGAAGAAAUGGAUGAGGAUGAGGACGACGACGAAGUCGAUGAGGAAGAGGAGAAUGAGGAUGAUGAAGCAGCCUCUGAAAAGAGUGCGGAGACAGAGAAGAGUGCGGGAGGCGAAGAGCGGGAUUCAGAGGAGAAGCAACUGGUCAUGGAUUCGCACUUCGUGCUGCCCAAAAGGAGCACCCGCUCCUCAAGAAUCAUCAAGCCCAACAAGAGGUUGCUCGAAGAGGGUGGUAUUAGCACCAAGAAGACCCUAGCAGGUGGUGACUCCAAGGCUAAGAACCUCUUUGGAGCAGCUUCCUCGAGUGCGGUCUCUUCGGCAUCCACCUCCAACGCUCCUGCAAGUCUGAAGCUCGCCAAGGAGAGUUUCUCCAGCUUUGGCAGCCUAAAAUCAAAUAGCAGUACGGCUGGAAGCUUUGUGCUGCGGCAGCCGCGACUGCAAUUCCAGGCGGACAGCAAACCAGGACCUUUUGGUGCGGCCAAAGCAGGACCAACAUCGCCCAGUGUCAUUCCGACGACAGCCAAUUCCCUGGCGGUUGCGACCUUCGGAACUCUGGCCAAUCCCAGCAGCAGUUCCACAAUAGGAACUCUGACUCCCAGUGCCUGCUCCGUGUGCUCCGCGGCGGUCAGCAGCAAAGAGGUGGCUCAACCCCGCAAAUAUGGUGUCGUGGCCUGCGACGUGUGCAGAAAGUUCAUCUCGAAGAUGACCAAGAAAUCCAUAUCGGCCAGUUCGAGCAGUGCCAAUGCCUCCGCCGGCAGCCAAUUGCAAUGCAAGGGAAGCGAAGGAUCAACCUGCAGCAUUCAUUCGGCCAAGAGCCAGCUGAAGAACUUUAAGAAGUUUUACAAGGAUCGCUGCACGGCUUGUUGGCUGAGGAAAUGCAUGAUCUCGUUUCAGCUGCCGGCAGCGCACAGGAGUAGAUUGGGCGCCAUUUUGCCAGUGGGAAUGCGAGGAGAGGCCUCUUCCCGGGAGGAAAAAUCCACGGAACUGCUGUCUCCCACUGGCAGCAUACGAUUUACUUCCUCCGCCUCCGCUGCUUCCUCUUCUGUGGUUGCAUCUAGUUCGGUAAAGUGGAAAUCCAGCAGUGAUACCGCCUCAGCUUUGACUUCGAUUAAGUCAAAUCCCCUGGCGGAGAACAAUGUAACAUUUGGCAGUACUCCACUGCUGCGUCCUGCGAUUUUGGAGAAGCCUCUCUUCCUGAAGAUAACCAAUGCAGCAGAUCAGAAGCUCACGGCUGCAGAGGCAAUCAGUCCAAGUUUGACCAGGAAGACAAGUAAAACGGAAAAGGAGAAGACUACGGAACAGGAACAGGCCGAGAAGCCGCUCAGUCCCGCUUUGGUGACAGCCAAGAAAUCUGCAGUAGUGGAAACUCCAACUAUAGAAGCUCAAGCUCAAAAGGAGGAGGCACCACAAACUUCUUCAGCAAUACAGCCCGCUUCUUCCAAUGGAUCUUCUCAAGGAGUUGCUCAAGCAGAACCCAAUGGGGAAACUAAUGCUACGGGCGACACCCUGAAGCGUCAAAGGAUUGAUCUAAAGGGACCUAGGGUAAAACAUGUGUGCCGCAGUGCCUCCAUUGUGCUGGGACAACCCUUGGCCACCUUCGGCGAGGAUCAGCCCGAGGAGGAGGCCGAUGUGCAGCCGGAAAUUGCUGCUCCAGUGCCAUCAGCAGUUCCAGAGCCUCUUCCUGAGAAACUAACCAAUCAAAUGGUUACGGAUGAAAACGAUAAUUGUGCUAGCUGCAAAACUCCGCCUGUUGUGGAGGAAACGAAACCCAGUAAGUCCACUGGAACUACUCAAGCUGAAGUGAAGAAGGUAGCGACAGGAGGAAAGGAGGCAUCAGUAAAUGUGGCUGGAGGUCAGGCACCCGCAAAGGUUACCACAAGAAAUGCCGGCGUUGCAUCCAAUCUAAUAGUGGCGGCCAGCAAAAAGCAGCGAAAUGGGGACAUUGCUACGUCCGGCUCGGUCAGUCAAUCAUCCAACCUAACCCAAAGUCGCAAGGCCAAGGAGCAGCGACAGCAACGCACGCUCAUCUCCAUCGAUUUCUGGGAGAACUAUGACCCGGCUGAAGUUUGCCAAACGGGUUUUGGAUUGAUUGUAACCGAGACUGUGGCCCAGAGGGCUCUGUGUUUCCUUUGCGGCUCCACGGGCCUCGAUCCUCUGAUCUUUUGCGCCUGCUGCUGUGAGCCAUAUCAUCAGUACUGCGUACAGGAUGAGUACAAUCUGAAACAUGGAUCUUUUGAGGAUACCACGCUGAUGGGCAGCCUGCUGGAGACGACGGUAAAUGCGUCCACUGGACCAUCAUCAUCGUCGUCCCUCAAUCAACUGACUCAGCGUCUGAAUUGGUUGUGUCCACGCUGCACCGUUUGCUACACCUGCAACAUGUCAUCGGGCUCCAAAGUGAAGUGCCAGAAGUGUCAGAAAAACUAUCACAGCACAUGCUUGGGCACCAGCAAGAGACUUUUGGGCGCAGAUCGCCCGUUGAUAUGCGUCAACUGCUUGAAAUGCAAGUCCUGCUCCACCACCAAAGUAUCGAAAUUUGUGGGCAACCUACCGAUGUGCACGGGUUGCUUCAAGCUGCGCAAGAAGGGCAACUUUUGUCCAAUAUGCCAGAGAUGCUACGAUGACAAUGACUUUGAUCUGAAGAUGAUGGAAUGCGGCGAUUGUGGCCAAUGGGUUCACUCCAAGUGCGAAGGUCUCAGCGAUGAGCAAUACAAUCUGCUGAGCACUCUGCCGGAAUCCAUUGAGUUUAUCUGCAAGAAGUGUGCGCGCAGAAACGAGAGUUCCCGGAUAAAGGCUGAUGAGUGGCGACAGGCGGUGAUGGAGGAGUUCAAGGCGAGUCUCUACAGUGUUCUCAAGCUGCUCAGCAAAUCUCGCCAGGCGUGCGCCCUCCUCAAGCUGAGUCCCCGCAAGAAACUGCGCUGCACCUGCGGAGCGUCCUCGAACCAAGGUAAACUGCAACCGAAAGCCCUGCAGUUUAGUAGUGGAUCGGAUAAUGGCUUAGGCAGCGACGGAGAGUCCCAGAACAGCGACGAUGUGUACGAGUUCAAGGAGCAGCAGCAACGGAAUGUGAACAAUAUGAACAAGUCACGAGCGAAAUCCCUGCCCUGUUCCUGCCAACAGCCCAUCAGUCAUCCGCAAUCCUUCAGCCUGGUGGACAUUAAGCAAAAGAUUGCUGGCAACUCGUAUGUUUCCCUGGCGGAAUUUAACUACGAUAUGAGCCAGGUCAUCCAACAGAGUAAUUGCGAUGAACUGGACAUUGCCUACAAGGAGUUGUUGAGUGAACAGUUUCCGUGGUUCCAGAACGAAACGAAAGCCUGCACGGAUGCCUUGGAGGAGGAUAUGUUCGAGUCCUGUUCGGGAGGUAACUACGAGGACUUGCAAGACGGCGGCGGAGGAGGAGGAGGAAGUGCCUCUGUUUACAACGAACACUCCACCUCGCAGGCAGAGUCGCGUUCCGGUGUCUUGGAUAUUCCUCUGGAGGAAGUUGAUGACCUCGGCAGCUGUGGCAUCAAGAUGCGAUUGGACACGAGGGUCUGUCUCUUUUGCCGCAAGAGCGGCGAAGGUUUGUCCGGCGAGGAAGCAAGGCUGCUGUACUGCGGCCACGAUUGCUGGGUUCACACCAAUUGUGCCAUGUGGUCGGCGGAGGUGUUCGAGGAGAUUGAUGGCUCGCUGCAGAAUGUCCACAGUGCGGUGGCCAGGGGCAGGAUGAUCAAGUGCGUGGUGUGCGGGAACCGAGGAGCCACUGUCGGUUGCAAUGUGCGAUCCUGCGGCGAACACUACCACUAUCCCUGUGCCCGGAGCAUCGAUUGCGCCUUUCUCACCGACAAAUCCAUGUAUUGCCCUGCCCACGCGAAGAAUGGAAAUGCCCUGAAGGCCAACGGUUCGCCCGCGGUGACAUAUGAAUCCAACUUUGAAGUAUCGCGACCCGUUUACGUGGAGUUGGAUAGAAAGAGAAAGAAGUUGAUUGAACCAGUUCGAGUGCAAUUCCACAUUGGAUCCCUGGAGGUGCGGCAGUUGGGAACCAUUGUCCCGAGAUUCUCUGAUUCCUACGAGGCGGUGGUUCCCAUUAAUUUCCUGUGCAGUCGUCUGUAUUGGUCGUCGAAGGAGCCCUGGAAAAUAGUCGAGUACACAGUGCGCACCACCAUCCAUAACAGUUCGUCCACGCUAACAGCCCUUGAUGUGGGUAGAAACUAUACGGUUGAUCACACGAAUCCUAACAGCAAGGAGGUUCAGCUGGGCAUGGCGCAAAUUGCCCGCUGGCACUCGAGUCUGGCGAGGAGUGAGAGUUUCAUGGAGAAUGGCGGUGCCGAUUGGAGUGCAGAGUUCCCGAAUCCAAACUCCUGCGUGCCACCGGAUGAAAAUACGGAAGAGGAGCCGCAACAGCAGGCUGAUUUACUCCCCCCCGAGAUCAAGGAUGCCAUUUUCGAGGACCUUCCACACGAACUACUCGACGGCAUCUCCAUGCUGGACAUCUUCAUGUACGAGGAUCUGGCCGAUAAGACAGACUUGUUUGCCAUUAGCGAGCAAUCCAAGGAUGGCACUCAGGCAAUGACUUCAAGUCAGGCUCAUAGUCAAAGUCAGCAGGCAGGAGCAUCUGUUAGCAUCUGUGAUGAGGAUACCCGAAAUUCGAAUACGAGCCUGGGAAACGGCUGGCCAGCCAGCAAUCCCGUGGAGGAUGCGAUGCUGUCGGCGGCCAGAAACUCGAGUCAAGUGCAGAUGCUCAAAACGCUGGCCUGGCCGAAGCUGGACGGGAAUAGUGCCAUGGCCACGGCCAUAAAGCGAAGGAAACUGUCGAAGAACUUGGCCGAGGGAGUGCUGCUAACCCUGAGCAGUCAGCAGCGAACCAAGAAGGAGAUGGCCACCGUGGCGGGCGUUUCCCGAAGGCAAUCCAUCAGCGAAGCCUCCACCGAAGGGGUGGCCACCACAUCGGGAUCGGUGAGGAGCAAGAGUUUCACCUGGAGUGCAGCCAAGCGUUAUUUCGAAAAGAGCGAGGGACGCGAGGAGUCGUCCAAGAUGAGGAUAAUGCAAAUGGACGGAGUGGAUGACUCGAUCACCGAAUUUCGUAUAAUUUCCGGAGAUGGGAACCUUUCAACGGCUCAGUUCAGCGGCCAGGUGAAAUGUGAUAGGUGCCAGUGCACUUACAGGAAUUACGAUGCCUUUCAGCGCCAUUUACCAUCGUGUGGGCCGAAUAUGACCACCAAUGAAUCCGAAUCUGAUGUGAAUUCUGCCGGAGGCAACACAAAUCCUGGCCAACUGAGUGCUGAGAGCCUGAACGAGCUGCAAAAGCAACUGCUGGCGAAUGCAGGCGGUUUGAAUUACCUACAAACAGCAGCGUCGUUUCCUCAGGUCCAGAGCUUGGGAUCCCUGGGACAGUUUGGCUUGCAGGGAUUGCAGCAACUUCAACUGCAGCCGCAAUCCUUGGGCAACGGGUUCUUCCUAUCCCAACCGAAUCCCACUACCCAGGCGAACACGGACGAUUUGCAGAUCUAUGCGAAUUCACUGCAAAGUUUGGCUGCCAAUCUGGGUGGAGGUUUCACCCUGGCUCAACCCACAGUGACAGCACAGGCGCAACCGCAAUUGAUAGCCGUUUCCACGAAUCCCGAUGGCACCCAGCAGUUUAUCCAAAUCCCGCAGACAAUGCAGGCCACCACACAGCCAACAACGGCCACAUAUCAGACUUUGCAGGCCACCAAUACGGAUAAGAAGAUAAUGUUACCCCUGCAGACAGCUGGAAAACCAAUGAAGACCGUGGCCACCAAGGCGGCUCAACAGGCGGCGGUCAAGCAGAGGCAGCUGAAGUCCACCGGCCACCAGGUGAAGCCGAUUCAGGCCAAGUUGCAACCGCAUCCCCAGCAGCAGCAGCAGCAACCGGCUCAGGUGCAGCAGCAACCCAUCACGGUGAUGGGUCAGAAUCUCCUCCAGCCGCAGCUGCUCUUCCAAAGCAGCGCCCAGUCGCAGGCACCGCAGCUAAUCCUGCCGCAGGCUCAGCCGCAGAACAUCAUAUCCUUUGUGACCGGAGACGGAAGCCAGGGACAACCGCUGCAGUACAUUUCGAUACCCACAGCGGGGGAGUACAAGCCGCAGCCUCAGCCCACGGCGACGCCUACCUUCUUGACAACUGCUCCUGGAGGAGGUGCCACCUAUUUGCAAACGGAUGCGAGUGGAAAUCUAGUACUGACCACCACACCCACCAAUUCGGGACUGCAAAUGCUGACGGCGCAAUCGCUGCAGGCGCAACCGCAGGUGAUUGGAACGCUCAUCCAACCGCAGACUAUUCAACUGGGAGGAGGAGGAGAUGCUAACCAGGCGGGUGGUAAUCAACAGCCCUUAAUUUUGGGAGGAACUGGAGCAGGAACUUCGGGACUGGAGUUUGCCACCACCACGCCGCAGGUGAUCCUGGCCACCCAACCGAUGUACUAUGGCCUGGAGACAAUUGUCCAAAAUACAGUGAUGUCGUCGCAGCAAUUCGUGUCCACUGCAAUGCCCGGAAUGCUCAGCCAGAAUGCCAGCUUCUCGGCCACCACCACUCAGGUGUUCCAGGCUAGCAAAAUAGAACCGAUUGUGGAUCUGCCCGCUGGCUAUGUGGUGCUCAAUAAUGCAGGAGAUGGAACCGGUGCAGGGACAUUCUUGAACGCGGCCAGUGUGUUGCAACAGCAGACGCAGGAUGAGGCGACCACACAGCUCCUGCAGAAUGCCAACUUCCAGUUCCAGACGGUGCCCGCAUCCUCGGGAGCCUCCUCCACAUCGAUGGACUACUCUUCACCCAUUAUGGUGACGGCCAAGAUUCCGCCAGUUACUCCAGUGAGGAGAACGAAUGCUCAAGCCAAGGCGGCGGGUCUAUCGGGAGUGAGUAAAGUGCCGCCGCAGGUGGUCAACAAGGUGCUGCCCACCAGCAUAGUCACCCAGCAGCAGGCGCAAGUGCAGCUGAAGAACGCCAAUCUCAAGCAGUCUCAGGUGAAGGGCAAGGCGGCAUCGGGAACGGGAACCAAUUGCGGAGCACCACCCAGUAUUGCUUCGAAGCCGCUGCAGAAGAAGACCAAUAUGAUUCGACCCAUUCACAAGCUGGAGGUGAAACCGAAGGUAAUGAAGCCCACGCCCAAGGUGCAAAGUCAAGCGAUGUUGCAGCAGCAGCAGCAGCAACAACAGCAGCAGCAGCAGAUGCAGCAGUCACAGAUGCAGCAGCAAAUUCCCGCAGUCGUGGUCAGUCAAGUGCCCAAGGUUACGAUCUCACAGCAGCGAAUUCCAGCGCAGCCACAGCAGCAGCAGCUUCAGCAGACGCAGUUGAUCCACAUUCCGCAACAGCAGCAGCAUCAGCAGCAGCAGCAGCAACAACAGCAACAAGUACAAGUGCAGGUUCAGCCAUCGAUGCCCAUCAUUACCCUGGCCGAAACACCCGUGCUGCAAACCCAAUUCGUGAUGGAACCCCAAGUGCUGGAGCAGCAGGAGCUGGCCAACCGGGUGCAGCACUGUUCCCUGCCCACCAAUGUGGUGAAUCCCAUGCAACAACAGGCGCCACCACCACCAACUACGAGCAGUUCGACAACGAGGCCAACGAAUCGGGUGCUGCCAAUGCAGCAGCGCCAGGAACCGGCUCCUUUGGCCAACGAGUGUCCCGUGGUUCCAUCGCCCACGCCGCCGAAACCUGUAGAGCAGCCGGUUAUCCAGCAAAUGACCAGCGCCAGUGCUUCCAAGUGCUAUGCCCAAAAGAAUGCACUACCUUCGCCGGUUUACGAGGCGGAACUUAAAACCAACUCGGUUUUGGAGAGCAUUGUGCCGGCGGUCACGAUGGACGCCAUUAUGGAGGAACAGCCGGCCACCGAGUCGAUCUACACGGAGGGACUGUACGAGAAGCAUUCACCGGCGGAGGCCAAGACCGAGCAACUAAUCCUCCAGCAGCAGCAACGCGAGCAACUCAGCCAACAGCUGGCCAACAGCGGUUAUCUGCUCGACAAGCAUGCCUUCCAAGUGGAGCCCAUGGAAACGGAUGGCUACCGGGAGGAAGAUCUCGAGGAGGAGGAGGAGGACGACGAGGAUGAUGACUUCAGCUUGAAGAUGGCCACGUCGGCGUGCAACGAUCACGAGAUGUCCGACAGCGAGGAGCCGGCGGUCAAGGAUAAGAUCAGUAAGAUACUCGACAAUCUGACCAACGAUGACUGUGCUGAUUCCAUAGCCACUGCGACGACAAUGGAAGUGGAAGCCUCUGCUGGUUACCAGCAAAUGGUGGAGGACGUCCUGGCCACCACGGCCGCAGCAUCGGCGGCUCCCACCGAAGAGUUUGAGGGCACACUGGAAACCGAAGCUGUCGAAGCGGCUGCUACAUACAUAAAUGAAAUGGCCGAUGCCCAUGUUUUGGAACUGAAGCAGCUGCAGAAUGGAGUGGAACUGGAACUGAGGAGGAGAAAGGAGCCGGAGCAGGAGCAGGAGCCAUCCAAGGAGCCAUCCACCGUCGUCGUGCCCACCGCAGCUGCUCCAGAGCCACCGCCACCCAUGCGAGAGCCCAAGAAGAUCAGCGGUCCGCACUUGCUGUACGAAAUCCAGAGCGAAGAUGGCUUCACGUACAAAUCGAGUUCCAUAGCGGAGAUCUGGGAGAAGGUCUUUGAGGCCGUGCAGGUGGCCAGGCGGGCCCAUGGACUCACCCCGCUGCCAGAGGGUCCGCUGGCCGAUAUGGGUGGCAUCCAGAUGAUUGGCCUCAAAACGAACGCUUUGAAGUAUCUGAUUGAACAGUUGCCGGGCGUGGAGAAGUGCUCGAAGUACACGCCCAAGUAUCACAAGCGAAAUGGCAACGUUUCCACAGCGGCGAGUGGCGGACAUGGAGGGAAUACGGGCGGAGGCUGUGCAUCCGCUGCUUUGGCAUCGGCUGCAGGUGGAGAUUCGCAAGGCCUUCUCGACUACGGAUCGGAUCAGGAUGAGCUGCAGGAGAAUGCCUUCGAUUGCGCCCGCUGUGAGCCGUACGCCAAUCGCAGCGAGUACGACAUGUUCAGUUGGUUGGCCUCGAGGCAUCGCAAACAGCCCAUCCAGGUGUUUGUCCAGCCAUCAGACAACGAAUUGGUGCCCAGGAGGGGAACCGGCAGCAAUCUGCCCAUGGCCAUGAAGUAUCGCACGCUGAAGGAGACCUACAAGGAUUACGUUGGAGUCUUCCGAUCGCACAUCCAUGGACGCGGCCUCUACUGCACCAAGGACAUUGAAGCGGGUGAAAUGGUUAUCGAAUACGCUGGUGAGCUGAUUCGCUCCACGCUGACAGACAAAAGGGAGCGUUACUAUGACGGUCGUGGCAUCGGCUGCUAUAUGUUUAAGAUCGAUGAUAACCUCGUGGUUGAUGCCACCAUGCGCGGCAAUGCGGCUCGAUUCAUAAAUCACUCCUGUGAGCCGAAUUGCUACUCGAAAGUGGUAGAUAUCUUGGGACACAAGCACAUCAUCAUCUUUGCGCUGCGUCGAAUCGUUCAGGGCGAGGAGCUGACCUACGACUAUAAGUUCCCCUUCGAGGAGGAAAAGAUACCCUGCUCAUGCGGUUCGAAGAGGUGUCGGAAGUACUUAAAUUAAGGGAAAGGUCAAUGACAGGGAUAGAAAACAAGAAGGACGCUGGGCGUCCGAAUUAAUCCGUAUACUCAGAAACUGGGGUUGAUUUUUCCAAAAAAGAUCUGAGAGAUCCUAGGGGUGGAAAGUAAUUAGGGCACUUUAACCUGGAUACUUUGAUUUAAUAUUACUUUUGCCCUCCUGCCUGAAGAAAAUCCAAGACAUUUUCGAAUAAAGUAUUGUAAAGCAAUAGUCCAAUACAACAAACUACUCUAACAGUUUAAACUAAAUAGUAAAGAAAAUAGUACAUCACUCAGAUGUAGUUUUACAUACAGUUAUUAACUUGUUCUGAUUGGACUAUCGUAAUCGAUUUUUAAUUAUUGCCGUAUUUAUAGUAGUUAUUUUAUUUUUUAAACUUUUAUUACAAAAAGUGAUUGAUCAAAUAUUUUCUUAGAACAACUAAGAAAAACAUAACAAGAGAAGCCUAGUUUUUCUUUCAGGCGAGGAGAGGCAAAAGUAAUAUUAAAAAAACAGGCUAUUAGUUGUGCAAUGAUUACAUUCUCUCCCCUUUUAAUUGCGAAAAUCAAAAUACCAUUUGUGAACAGAAAUAAGCACACCUGGAAUGAGAAUUGAAACACUUGUAGUUAACGGUUAUAUCGAUCUAUGUUUGGUCAAUCGUGAUACUUUUCGUUUUACAACCCCCAUACGUCUUAAGUAGUUGAUAUGUAAAAGUUAAACAGUUGAUAUUAUUAUAUGUCCUAUAUCGAAAAACAACCCGGCACAUAUUAGGCAACGAAGCAAGUAGAUUCCGAGCAAUCGGAACAGAACAGAUCGGAACGAACAGAAACUCGACGACGUCAGUAUUCAGGGGGAGAAGAAUUAAUUGUAUAUUAAAUAUGUUACGUAUAAUAAUACGCCGAUCAGUUAGCUAACUAGACUUAGGCUCCACAGAUUCUAUAAACAACGUACACACAUAACUAAGCUAAGCUGAUAAAUAUAACUCUUGUUGGGCUUAGGCGAAUGACAGAUAAACGAUGGGAGACAUUAAAAACAAUUACUUACAGGGGCUUGUGUUAGAUUGUACAUACAUUGCAUACGAAUUAUAAAUAUCUAUAUUAUAUAUACCUACUGUAAUGAGAAAUUAACUAACCUUAAGUUACCAGGAUUGUGUGUAAGAAGAAACUAUUUUAUGUAGAGCUCCGCGUAUUUAUGUUUGUUAACAAUUAACCAGCUGAUUAAUUGAUUGAACUACGAAUAAUAUCCGCAACCACAUGCUUAUACAUAUAUAUCUAUUUAGGGAACGAAACCAAGCAUCACCCUUGAAAUUAUUGUAUUGUGAACAGGCAACACCAACAACCAAUUGUAAUUGUACGAACUCCAUUGAUUGUAUAUUUAUUAUUUUAUACCUAAGUUUUAAAGCAUGUAUAUUUUUGUGACCAUUUGUUUGCCUUGAUCGGAGCCCAAGCAUAAUCAUAAUUUGUAACGCCUAACCUUAGUUCAGCUCCCUUGUAUUCUACUAGUUUCUACGAUUGUUUCGCUUAAGACUAGCAUUAGUCCGCUCUGGUAUUUGUCCAAAAUUGUACACAGACACACACACACACACAGCAGGCAGAUAUGUAUAUUCCUAUCGGGGCGAUCGGUCGGACUUGUACAGGCAAAGUUCCAUAGCAUUUUUUGGCAGCCAUUCAAGACGCGCGCACUUUUUGCACGCUGUCGAGGAAUUUUAUAUUUUUAUUCCCUAAAGAAAAAAGUUUAAUAAACUACAGAUUAAAAUU